CAGGCCGGGGGGAGGGUGGAGGCUUCCUGUCGGCUAGAGAGGCCGGGAGGUGGGUGGGCAGCAGAUGGCAGGAACCAUGGCCAGUCUUGAAUGGGGUCCGUGGAUCGAACGUCGCCCCCUCCCCUUCUCCCUCCCCCUCUCCCUCUCCCUCUUCCUGCUCCUGGCAGUGGUCGACGGGACCUCGGACUCUCUCUCCUGGGAUGAGAGCGGCUACAUUCUCUACUGCCCGUGCAUGGGUCGGUUUGGGAAUCAGGCUGAUCACUUCCUGGGUGCCCUGGCCUUUGCGAAGAUGCUGAACCGGACCUUAGUGGUCCCACCAUGGGUGGUCUACAGACACCACACCCCCCCUUACACCAACGCCCACGUGCCGUACUCUGAGUAUUUCCGGCUGGACCGGGUGCUGGACUUCCAUCGGGCGGUCAGCAUGGAGCGGUUCAUGGGGGAGCUGGCCCCGCGCCACUGGCCGCCGGGACGCAGGGUGGCGUACUGCUUCACGGCUGCUGCCCAGCGCAGCGUUGACCGCUCGUCCUGCCCCAUGAAGGAUGGUAACCCUUUCGGCCCCUUCUGGGACCACUUUGGCGUGGACUUUGACCGCUCGGAACUCCUCAGUGGGAUUGCCUUCAGCUCCAACUACAAGUCCCAAUGGUUUGAGAGGUACCCGGCAUCCUCACACCCGGUGCUGGCUUUACCGGGAGCUCCGGCACAGUUCCCGGUGAUGAGGGAGCACGUUGACCUCCAGCGCUACGUGGAGUGGGACCGGCGAUUCGCCGAGACGGUGGAGAGGGAGAUGGAGCAGCUCCUGCCCCGGCCCUACCUGGCCAUUCACCUGCGCGUGGGGGAGGACUGGAGGAAGGCAUGUGAGAUGGUGCGUGAUGGCUCGGUGGGCCCCCACCUCAUGGCCUCGCCCCAGUGCGUGGGAUACGACCGUGGCAGAGCCCGGCCCCUCACCCUGCCCAUGUGCCUGCCCUCCCCCGCCCUCAUCGCCUCCACUGUGGCCACCUGGGCCCGAGCCAUCUCUGCCAGAGCCGUCUAUAUCGCCACCGACUCCGAGCCCCACACACGCGAGGUACAGGCUGCUGUGGGAACACAGGUGCGUGUGAUCCACCGUGAGGCCACUCUGCCCCAGACUGACCUGUACAUACUAUCCCAGUCGGACCACUUCAUCGGCAACUGCGUGUCGUCCUUCACGGCCUUCGUCAAGAGGCAUCGCGACGUCCACUCCCUCCCCUCCUCCUUCUUUGGCCUCGACACCCCCCUCCCCUCCCACACAGACGAACUCUGACCCUCGACCUCCCGCAGGGACGAACUCUGACCCUCCACCUCCCACACAGGGACGAACUCUGGUCCUCGACCCCCCCCCCUCACCC